AUGUCUGAAAAAAAGAAAGACCCAGUCUUGUAUUCUUUGGCAGCUGGAUUAAUUGCUGGUGGUAUAGAAGCAACAAUUACGUAUCCAACAGAAUUUGUGAAAACUCAAUUACAAUUACAAGAUGGUUCAAGUACUGGGAAGAAAUUCAAAGGACCAAUUGAUUGUGCAAUUUCUACAGUUCGUGCUAAAGGUCCAUUUGCGCUUUAUAAAGGUUUAUCUGCUUUAGUAAUAGGUACAGCCGCAAAGGCUGGGGUUCGUUUUUUAACUUAUGAUCAGCUUAAAAGUCUAUUACAAGAUAAAGAUGGAAAAGUUUCUGGACCCAAGUCAAUGCUUGCCGGAUUGGGUGCAGGAAUGGUCGAAGCAACUUUAGUGGUGACUCCAACAGAAACAAUAAAAACGAAAUUAAUUCAUGAUACUACUCGUGAAAAGCCACAAUAUAAAGGAAUGGUCCACGGGAUUCGCACCAUCGUAGCCACUGAAGGAUUAGGUGGAAUAUACCGAGGAUUAUUUCCAGUGAUGAUGCGUCAAGGAGCAAAUCAAGCAGUGAGAUUUUCAACGUAUUCGACAUUAAAACAAGAAUUUCAAAAAUAUUCUUCUACUUCACCAGAACAACCGUUACCAUGGGCUGUGACAUUUGGUAUGGGUGCAAUUGCUGGUAUAGUUACAGUUUAUUCUACCAUGCCAUUGGACGUUAUUAAAACCAAAAUGCAAGGAUUACGUGCUAAGGAAUUAUAUAAGAAUUCUUUUCAUUGUGGUUGGAGAGUUUUAACCGAAGAAGGAGUUCCUGCAUUUUGGAAAGGUGCAACUCCUAGAUUAGGAAGAUUAUUGGUUUCUGGUGGAAUUAUCUUUACAAUUUAUGAACAAGUUAUUGAAGGUUUUAGAAAGUUAGAAAAAUUAAAAAUGAAGGGUUAA